UUUCAGGGUUCUUACAUCAGUAUCAUCUCGAAUUAAUAUAAAUAUUCAGAUAAUCUGAAGAGAAUAGGAAGCAAUCAACCCUCGGACAGCACAGAAGUCCAGCAUGACAUAUCAGCAUAGUGACAUACGGAUGCCCGUGUGGCCACACUAAUUAUUGUCAGCGACUGGGAGUGAUAUGGACUCGAAGAGAAAUGCAACGUCCUGCCCUUCUACAUCUUGAAUAGUGGGAGUCAUGAACCGCUGCAAGGUGACGCGUCCUCUGAUUUCCACCGAAACUUCAACCUAGACACGGCGUGUUAUUAAUCAUCACCCGAAACGCCGUCAAACUGCACCAGCUCCUUUUCCUAUCAAACAGCAGGAUCGGGACCAUCUUGCGCAGUGUUACGGCGGACGGAGCAAGCGGUGGCGGCGGCGGCGGCCACUCCGGGGAAUGUCGAUUGGCCGUCAGUCCUGACAUCGGCCUCUUCUGAUCUCAGACAGCAGCCAAAUGGGGUCUAUGUGUGGUCAGUGAAGCAUCCUGGAAACCAGCAUGGCGAUGUGUCAGCUGAGUGUCUAGGUGAGAUGAGUGUCGCCUGUAAGCAAUGUGACUCCACUGACUAACAGCCCAGCAGUUCUCCUUACCAGUCCUUCACCUCAAUCACCAGCCUUUCAAAUGCACCCAGACAAUAAACUGGCCAGUCAUGGCAAGCAGGUCACCGGUGACAGCCGAUCCCAAAUACCCAGCGCAAAUCAGCAGGCACAGCAGCAGCAGCCAGGAUCUGCUACCCACCUGGGUUCAAAGGGCAUUGGUUCUGGCAACCAUGGAGUCAAAACCAGCCAGUUGUCUCUGAGCAACCCUGGGCUCAAGGUUGGCAGCCAAUCAGUGAGUGGCACUGGAGGGAUGCUGAAAACCAAAACCAAGCGGGAUCGAAGCGUCUCCAUUGACUCUGGUGAAUUAAGAAAUGCUGUUCCUCCAGUCCUGGAGACAGAUGCCAAAGGGGAGGGUGUUAUGCGCAGCAAGCGGCGGUGUGUUCUGGAAAAGAAACAGCCGUACAGUGGAGAUGAAUGGUGCUCUGGACCUGACACAGAGGAAGAUGAAGACAAGCCACACACUGCAGCCCACCGGGAGCGAGGGCUGGCUGGUCCUAUCCAGGGACGCUCUGAUCGCUUGACUUCGGGAUCCAUGCCCGAAUCUGGAGGUCCAGCAAUGGGAUGUGGGGUGGGACCAGGGCUAAAAGCAGAUCCCCCUCAGGCUUCACAGCAAGUGGUCUAUGUUUUCACAACCAGCCUUGCCAACAGUGCUGCAGAGGCAGUAAUGAAAGGGCAGGCUGAUUCCAUCCUUCUGUUUCACCAGCAAAACGUUCCACAUUCAAAGUUGGAGCAGGGCCACCCAUCAGGGAAGCUUUCUAAUUUAUCUGAGAAGCUAAAUACCAGUAGCUCACCACCUACAGGCACCCCCAAAUCCCAAAGUGGAACUCCACGGCCAGCCUCUGCAGGUGUUGGGGGUCCGAUGCAUACUGCAGGGACACCAUCAUCAGCAGGGCACUCUGAUAACGAAUCCCCUCAGACCAGACCUGGCGGAGCUUCCAGCAAUAACAGCAUUGUCACUCAUAGGUCAGAGGGAGGAAGCGUGGUAGCACUUGCUGGCGCAGACCCAGGAACUGGAAAUGGGAAAGGUACAGGGGGUAUGCCUCUUCCUGUUUCUAGUGUCUCUCCCUCGGGAAGUCCCUCCAUUCUAGCUACACACCUACAGAGUGAUACAGUACAGAGGGGUGGCCAAGGAAACACAGAUGGUCUUUCCAAAGAGCAACUGGAACACAGGGAGCGCUCUCUGCAGACGUUGAGAGACAUAGAGAGGCUGCUUCUGCGCAGUGGAUCAGGUGGAGGCUCUGGAGACCCUGCAAGCUCUAACAGCAAUGCUCUUAAUAACUCAUCCAAUCCAAAUAAUAAUAAUACUGAUAGGGGUGGCAUUCUGGAGGAAGGUAACAGUGGUACUAAUAACUCUGGAAAUUGUGGUAGUGGUAAUAUGUUAUCAUCAGCCUUGGCUCCAAUGGGCGAUAUGAAGAAAUAUGAAGAACCCCUGCAGUCAAUAAUUUCUCAUACACAAUCCAUUGGUGGACCUGCCCUUGACAGCCCUCAAAUGGACUCUCAUCAUAACCUGCCACAACCUCCACAUCACCAUCUAUCACCUGGGGAUGACAUGGGUCCUUUACUUGGACAAGAAGGACUGACCCAAGAGCAAGUGGCCUGGAGGAAACUUCAAGAAGAAUUCUACCAGGAGAAGAGGCGACAACAGGAAAUGCACCCUUCUGCGCAUCCCCAAAACUUUAGAAUCAUGAGUGACAUGGGCAUGCCUAUGAUGAUGAGAGGACCCCCUCCUCCAUACCACAGCAAGCCUGGAGAUCAACAAUGGGGUCCUGCCAAUAUGAUGGGAGGUGGAAUGGGUGGAAAUGGACGAAUGAUAGAAAUGCAAGAGGGACCCCGUGGCCCAAGGUUUCUUGGACCGAGAGGGCCACCUGGAGGGGGCUUCCCUGGUAGUCCAGGAGGAGUGUUAUCAAUGGAAGGUCUAGGACCCCACAGGCCCUCACGCCCAGGCAUGAUUUGGCUAGAUGAUAUGCCUAACAAUAUAAGUGGUGGAAGUCCCUUCCAUGGAUGCUACCCUGGCGGGCCGCCACAACACUUGCAAGGUGACUCGGAGCAUCUGCUAACACGCGAGGAACUGUUUCGCAUCAUGGACAAACGGCACAUGCAGGGUGCUUCCAGGUUUGAACUUGAUAGAUUGGCUAAACAGCAACAGCAUGGCAACAUGGGCUCAAGAAUUAUGGAUAAUCUUGGGGGCCCAGAUCUUCCCAAUUUAGGAAUGGGCCGUGGUCAACCCUCCGGUCGAGGUGAUCCCAUGGACUUUCCUGGUUCACGUGAUAUUAUGGGCUCUCCUGGAGGGGGUCCUCCGAUGAGAGAGUUAGUAGACUCUCCUCUGGGGAGCCACAUGGCAAUGAACAUGAACCCACAAAUUCAUGUUCAGCAGCAACAGCAGAUGAUGUCUCAGAAGCUCAGAGGAGGCCAUGGAGGAGGGCCUCUAGUGGAGAUGUUUGGCACUGGAGAGAUUUCACGAAUCAGGGCUCAAAAUGGAAGAGGAGGAAAUAAAGGAAUGAUCCCUGGACCUGAAGGCCCUUAUCAGUUUCCAAACCAAGGUCCUUUUUCUGGAGGUCAGAUGGAAGGACCGUAUCUUCAACAAAGUGGCCCAGAGAUGUUUGGGCCUGAUCAUCAAGGACCUAAUCAAAUGGGAAGUACAUCACGUCUUAGUCAUAUGCCAAUGGGCGGAGGCCUUAGGGGUGCAGACCUUGGUCCUAGGCAAACCUCUGACCUGUCAGUAAAUGUUAACCCUCUGACAUCUCCUUCAGUGCCUCCUCCUCAUCAACUAAAGUCUCCAUCCCUCAAUCAAGAGCCAUCUCCUCUUAUACCUUCCCCCUCUGCUCCAGGGCUGAAGUCACCAUCACAGGUUUCUUCUGCUGGGCAUCAUCCCCCUCUUCCACCUGCAUCUGGUGCUGGGACUCCUUCGUCUUCUUCCAUGAAGUCUCCCCAAGUAAUGGGAUCUUCCAGCCUUGGGAUGCACUCUCCGUCUGCCUCCCCUGCACGACUGAAGUCCCCCGCCUUGGCUUCAAGCUCUCCAGGGUGGACGUCUCCUAAGCCACCACUUCCGAGUCCGGGUGGUCCAGCCAGUGGAAAGAUGGUGGGCAAUGGAGGAUGUGGUUCCACUGAAACAGGCCAAUCACUUCCCCCUAGGAGUUCAAGCUCUACCCCUAUUUCCCAGCCAGGCUCAAUGAAUCCUAGUAUGCCAUUUACAUCCUCUCCUGAUGUCCCAACAUCUCAGAAUCCAUUAUCUCUUAUCAUGUCUCAAAUGUCCAAGUACGCAAUUCCCAGUUCAACUCCUCUCUACCAUGAUGCAAUCAAAACAAUCGCUACUUCUGAUGAUGAGAUGCUACCAGAUCGUCCUCUUCUAUCUGGUGUCAGCAUCGGAGGAAAUAUGGGUAAUCCCCAGACGUCACAGAUUGGUCCUCACAGUGACCCCCAAAGCCCGAUGGGUAUUGUAAACCAAGGUCAGCAGCACCUGUCCCACGAUUCCUCAGCACCUGUCCUUUCUUCCCCAAACCAAAUGGGCAUGCCUGCCAUGAAUUCUGCCAUGAUGGGAGGAGGAGCACCUGAGGGAAUGGGGCCCUGCAGUGUGUCACCUAUACCCCAGACGGCAGGGUUUCCCCGCAUGCAGCCACCACCACAUGGGCCCAUGCACUCACCUAUUGGAGGCAUGUCACAGAAUUUCGCUCAGUCUAAUGAAGAUAUUCUGCCACAUCAGCAGUUACAUCUUCUUAACAAAGGUCAUCCUCACCAACGCCCCCCUCACCCACCAGACUCUUUCCCCUCACUUCCCAUAGGUGAAGGACCUGAUCUAAGUGAAGUCAUACGCCCCACUCACACAGGGAUUCCUGAGUUUGAUCUCUCCCGCAUCAUUCCUUCCGAUAAGCCGAGUAGCACUCUUCAGUAUUUCCCUAAGAGUGAGCCACAUCAGAAUCCACAUCAAGGGAUGCCAUCCCAGCAGCCACAGCAGCUCCUUAAACAGCUGUCUUCUUCUGGGCCUCCGCAUAGCAGUGGCCCUUCGUCUAACCCCCACUUGGCAAGCCUACAGAAUAUGAUGGCUGAACAGCAGCUGCCACCUCACCCCUCACAUGGUGGAAUACGCCAGAGCAUGGGCAUUCCUCAGGGGGUCUCCAGGGGUAUGGUUUCUACUGGGGGCAUGGGCCCCAUGUGUCCCCCUGGUCAUAUGAUGGGAAGGACAGGGCUGAUGCCCCAACAGCAACUCCAGCAACAACAAGCCAUGAUGGCCAACAGCCUUCUCCACCAUCCCUCCAAUGCAUAUGGACCUGGCUUGAUGCCUUCUCAGCAGCACCAACAGAAUCUGAUGGCACAGCAGAAUAUUAUGAUGAUGCAGGCUAAGCAGCGAAGCAUGUCAAUUGCAGGGGAACCCUUUGGACCCCAGGGCCCGCUAAUGUCCCCUCAGGGUCCCAUGAUGGCCCCACCUCAUCCACAGUCUGGUAUGAUGGGCCCACAGUCUCUCAGACAGCGGGGAAUGUCUCUGGACAGUUCCAUUGGCUAUGGUCCCGGAGGUAUGACCAAUAUGCCAUUCUGAUCCAGCUCAAUAAACAGUUCUUUAAAAAAAAAAAUGUGUUCACUGGGUUACCCUCCCAUUGUGUCCAGAAUUUUUCAUUGUUAUUCUUGUAGUGGUUUUGAAAAGGAGGAAUUUAAAAAAAAGAGAGAGAGAGGGGAAAAAAGGAUUACAACUGAUUAAAAAUGAAAUCACUGUAACACUGUUCAAUAACAAGUUUGAAGCCAUUUUAUAAAAACUGUAAAAUGUGUAUAUUUCAGAAAUGUGUGUAUUUGUUGUGGGAACAGCGCAGCAGUCAGGAGAGGAGUGCCUCAAAUUUCUAUUUGUUUUAAUAUCAUUGAUUUAUUUUCUCCAACUACCAAACUGUUGUGCAAAGGAAUUAUAUAUAUAUAUUAUAAUAUAUAUACUUGCUGUAUAUAAGAUGCAAUUUGUGAUUGUUUGCAGUUGUUCUGUAUAACUGUGUUUUAAUAGGAGUUUAAAAAAGAAUAAUAAGGAUCUCUAACAUGGUUUUGUUUUGGUUCUUGUGUUGUCAAUUCUUGUAAUUUGAUAACACUC